AUGCCGUCGCUGGACCUUCCUCCACGCAGCGUUGAGCGAGUUGUUGUGGAGUCGACUUUGUGGACAGUUAUGGGUCUGGCUGGUUUCCUUGGAAACAUUUUAGUGCUCAUUGCCUGUUUUCGAAAUCCAGUUUUGCGAAAGCUUACACCUGUAUACGUUACGGCUCUAGCGAUCACUGACAUUCUCAACUUUCUCACCAAUGCUAUAUUUGUGGACGUCACCCUGCUCACCGGCGGCUGGCAGUUUGGAUCCACCGGGUGCGUUAUUUCCGCAUUUUCCUCCAUUUUUCUCAUUUACGCAUCUGUUAGCACUAUGUCCCUAGCGGCCAUCAACAGAUGCAUUCGGGCAACCAAACCUGGCCUUUUCAAAUCUAUUUUCGCGCCAACACCGUCAAUUGUGAUACUGGCCGGUAUGUGGUUCAUGGAGGCAAUGAUAGUUCUGGUUCCAUUUGUUAUGGGCGGCACAAAGUUCAUUUUUCACGCUGGUUACGCCAUUUGCGUCCCUUCUUAUAACGACACCUUUAAAAUCUUCACUACCAUCACUCACGUGUCUGUGAUCAUAGCUUCUCUGCUAAUCGUGCCUGUUUGCUACUUCAAGGUACAUCAUGCCUUUAAACAAGUUCAUGUGGUGCAAGAAUCACAGGCCUUGCAAGAGCCACAGGCACAUGUCGUGUAUGCAGCAAAAGAGGCCCAGUCUGCCCUGCAACAAGACAAACAAACCAACCAUCAACCAGAGGCCGCAGUUCGACCGGAAAAGGAGCCAAAUAAUCCUCGUCAACCAGUCGAAUCAUGGCAUAUACCAGAGCAACAAGAACCUGCCAAAAUGACCCAACCAUUAAAACAAGUUUCCCCACAAAAAGCAAAGGAAAGAAAACCACAAGGAACGCAACGUCCAGAAGAAAUUGUCGGCGAUCGUAAUGGUAAGGCUUUCAAAACAUCUCAACCAGCGGAACCACAGGAUAACCGNUAAAACAAGUGUCCCCACAAAAAGCAAAGGAAAGAAAACCACAAGGAACGCAACGUCCAGAAGAAAUUGUCGGCGAUCGUAAUGGUAAGGCUUUCAAAACAUCUCAACCAGCGGAACCACAGGAUAACCGUCAGUCGGGAGAAUUACAGGUUACCCGACCACAAGAGCGACAUUUUCAAAAAUUUGCCAGCUACAAUGGACGUGGGGCCUGUGUUUAUCCCGUCGAAUCACAGACCACGUAUCAGCAACAAAGAAAACAGCAAACACGAGAAAAGCGGAUAUGGAUACCAGGAACCUCGGUGGUUCAUCCCCCAAAGUCUGGUACAUGCAAAGGGAAUGAGACCUUGAUCACCGUUCAACUACAGGUACCACAGAGCACCCACCAAGCUAAAGAAAAACAAGACGCUUAUCAAAAAAAUGUCGUAAAUCAACAGAAACAACAGACACCCCAGCCAGUAAAAGAACCAGGGGACGGGCAACAUACCGAAGGUGUCCUGAAGGCGAAAGAAGCGAAGGUUACAAAAAUGAUGUUCGCAAUUGUAGUGGCAUUUACGUUGAUCUGGAUUCCUCUAUUUUUUGUUAUAAUAAUGGUGCGAAUCACCCUUGGAACUCUCUCGCGAGACUUUAUGAUGCUGGCUUCGUAUGGUAGUAACUUAAGUAGUCUGAUUAACCCAGUGUUGUAUGCAAUCAUGAACAGGUCUUACAGAAAGGAAUAUAAAUUCAUAUUGUGGAGCAUACUACGUUACGUUAGCGAUUGUUUUAAGCGUUGUUAG